AGCUAGUACUCCUACCACAUUCAUCAUUUCAUUCAUUUGUUUCUAAAAAUUUUAGUAUAGCAUUUGUUUCUUCCUCAGACCAUGGGUACCACUGGUCUAAGCAAGAUCGGUCAAGCCCUGUCCGCGAUCUUCGUUCUCUCUCUCGUCGCCCUCGUCGCCGAGCUCCUCUACGUUCUCUGGCGCCGCCGCUUCCUCCGUCGACGCUCAACACCCGUCGACGCCACCACCGCCGAGGCACUCAGAAACUCGUUACCAACCUCGAAAGAGCUCCUCUACUUCCUAUGCUGGAAGCAGCACCGCCAGUCCCGGGUCGAACCCGACGGCGGACAGGGAGGAGGACCGGACCCGGAAACCAGGAGGAUCGGGCCUGAGCCGGAGGAUCCGACCGAGGAGGUGAUAGACAUUUUGAAGCUGCAGGCGAUGCGGGGCCCGUCGAGGGUUUUGUUCACCAUAAAAGAGGAGGAGCGAGAAGAUGCCGAGUCCGAGACGUCGGUUUGUUCGGCCGAGAAAUCGCACCACGAGAAGACGCGAAGGGUGUCUCUCGAGGAGUUUCUCAAUACGACGCCGGAGGAGGUGACGGUGAUCACUGUGUCGGAGGAUUGCGAAACCACACCAUACUCGACGCCGUGCGACUCGCCGUUGUACUACACGCCAACGGCUUCCCCGAUCAGGGGGUUCGCAUAGCGGGUUCAGAGAAGGUGGGUUUGAACGGUGUCGUUUGGUGGUUCGUGUUAAAGUAAAACCGUUGGUUGAUGUAGCGUAGUAUAGUUAGCUGUGUAUGUAUUUCUGGGGAGAUUAUUCGGUGCCUUGUCACGGUUACGUGAUGCUCUAUACCCAUUUUUUAUCAUGCAUUAAGAUUGGGAUAACAAGUUUUAGAACCGGGGAUGGGGUUGUGCAGGUUGUGCACCUCCGGUCCGUCUAUUUGGCAAUUUAAUGGUCCAAAUCUCAUUUUCACCACCCGAGCAUUCGAGCUGUGCAUUGCCGAAAUGAAUUUUGGACUAUUGAAUUGCCGAACAAACGGUCUGGAUGUGCACAACGCGCGAAAUGCUGCACAGCACCUCUUUGAGUUCCAAAUUUUGUCAUGAACCCCACUUAUACGUGUGAUGAGAAAGGGGUCAAGGUACGACAUGGUGGUUCUUCAGGAGCACGACAUAAUAUUUAUUUGUUGGUGUAUGUAUAUAUUUGGGAGGUUAAUUGUGAAGAUAGGAAAUGUAGUUGGAGUGCUACUAUGUUUUACUCCAUUUUUCUUUUCACCAAUAAAAGAGAGGGAAUGGAGUAUGUUGAUGAUGACGUUUCACCA